AUAGCAUAGAGACGAAGAGGCAAUGCAAAUAAAAGACAGAACCUUCCUGCUAGUUUUUAAAGGGCACUGACAGUGGUGUUUGUCCUAUCCUGAUACAAGCUCUGCAUUCAACCAUCGAACAAGUUUUUUUCCCAGCUUGUAUACAAGAGCUCCUGCUGAACUAGCAUUCUGAAAAGUUGGAAGCAUCAGAUAGAACAAGUGCUAUUUCAUCAGCUAUCAGAUGAAAUGUUUCCUAUGGCAUCCAGAUAAACAAGGUUAUGUUAAACUGAACAUUUCAUUGUGGGCAACUGCAAUCAGAUAAGAAAACUGUCAUAAUGGCGAACUGCAAUGUCACGAUUGAGAAGGGCAUAGUUACUUUUGAAAUUAUUCUUUACAGCCUAAUCACCUUUUUCGGAGUCAUAUUUAAUACAGUUGCCUUGUGGGUUUUCUGCUUCAAACUGGGCAAAUGGACAGAGACCAGAGUUUACAUGAUCAAUUUAGCCCUGGCAGACUACACGCUGGUCCUUAUCUUACCAUUCAUAAUCUACUUUCACUACAACGAGUGGCACAUAGAUGACUUUUGCUCUGUCAUAUUCGGAAUCAGUAGCAUGAACAUGCCAAUGAGCAUGGGCAUCAUCAUGCUAAUAGCGCUUGAUCGGUACAUUGGAAUCAAACAUCCUCUGAAAGCCAAAGUAAUCAGGUCUCCGCGGAAGGCAGCUCUUCUCUGCUUAUUUGUUUGGCUCUGUUGCUUGCUUCAUACAAUCCUAUUCAUUCUCUCUUUGAGAGGAGGAAAAUCGUUUUGUUUUCAUAGACCUGCUAAUGAGAACAAAGCUCUUGCCCUGGUCAGAUUAAUCGUUUUCUUUUUCAUACCUCUGGUUAUAUUGUUGUUUUGUUCCAUACAAGUCAUCCGAUGCCUCAGGAAGAAACAUAAUGCUAGUCCUCAUGAAGAAAAGUUAACCCAGAAAGCCAUCUGGGUGGUCUCAGUGAACUUGGUCACCUUCAUUAUAUGCUUCCUGCCUUUCCACUUGAGUUUACUGUUUAGCUACGUAGCAAAAGCAUUUGAAGGAGCUGACUGCAAGAUGUGGCAAGCCAUCGCCAAUACCAUACACGCAACUGCAUUAAUAACCAAGCUAAAUUGCUGCUUCGAUGCCAUGUGCUAUUACAUGGUUGCUAAGGAAUUCCAGGAAGCUGCAGCUCUCUUGCCUCCUUUUAAUACGACGCGAUCCAGGUCCAACUUAACUCAAGAUUCACAGCUGCAAAGCAAAACACCCGAAAAUUCACACCUGCAAAGUUUAAACAGCUGAAAUCACCAUGUCAUUUUAAGAUGCAUCUAGUCUCACCUUUGGAGCACUAUGUCCAGUCAAUUGAAAUGUCGCCUUUCGAGCGAUACGUCAAACGAAGCCCCACAGACGCAUCAAGACCAGUAAACAGAUUGGAUAUCACGUUAAUUUUAAUUUAUACAUUUUAAACCGAUGCUGCUCCCUUGAAUUAUCGCCGAUGGAGAUCAGUGCUCUGGUUUAACAUCUCUUGCUGAAAGGGCAGCUUAUGUUCUAGAUCCAUGCUUCUUGCGGAAAGAUACAUAUCCCUAUAUCCAAGAUAGUAUUUUUCAUGUUGAGAUCCUGUCUUUAUACUCAGGCCUUCCUCAGCUGAAUUAGUGCUUUUAGUUUGCAGCUGAUACAACUUAUAAUGAUGGGUUUGUAUUAUGCUUUGUAAGUUUGUUUUAUGAUUGAUAUACAGUACAUUUGGUUGCAGAGUGCAUAUACUAUAUUAAGAGCUUUACCUUAAAAAAAAUGCUGGUUUUUGUAUUAUGCGCAAUAUAGUUUUUUGUACAGAAGCAUUGUGCAGUGGUUAUGAGUGUUGGACUAGAACUAUGAGACCAGAUUUCAAAUCCCACUCUGUGAAGCUAACUUUCAGCCACUCACUGUCUCUCAGGCCCCAACCUGCUCUAUACAUUUAAAGCAGCAUCAUACCCCUUUAAAUAUAUACAGUGGAACCUCGGUUUAUGAACACCUCGGUUUAUGAAUUUUCGGUUUAUGAACGCCGCGGACCCAUCUGGAACGGAUUAAUUCAUUUUCCAUUACUUUCAAUGGGAAAGUUCGCUUCAGUUUAUGAACGCUUCAGUUUAUGAACAGACUUCUGGAACCAAUUACACCCAUGCU